AUGAGCAUCGUUUCUGGGGUUCCAAUCUCCUACUUUGGGACGGCAUUCGCAAUUUUGUUGCUCAUCGCUGGAGUUACUUUGCUGUUUGUAUUCCACGGAGGCCAGUCAUUUACCACCGUAAACUCGCAUUCGUGGGAUCCUUUUCGAAGCAAAGCAAAGCGCGAGUUCGAAUCAAAUGCAGAAAGCCUAAUCAAGAAUGGACUACGAAUGGGAUCGUCGCCCUUCCAUAUGGUAACUAACAUGGGCACCUAUUUGGUCCUUCCGGACCGGUACGCCGAGGAAUUGAGGAAUGAUGAAAGAUUUAGUGCCUAUGAGGCAUUAAACGAUGUAAUUCUACUGGAACUUCUGGGGUUCGAGACUAUGUUUCAGGGUUCAUUGCAUAAUCAUGUAUCCGCUACUGCCAUACAUGCUAUGAACAGGGAGCUAGUCCAUUUGACUCGUCCGCUCUCGGAAGAAGCAGACCACUGCCUGCAAGGACAAUGGACCGGAAGCUCAGAAUGGCAUACUGUUUCAAUUCACGAGACUGUUCUGGCACUGGUUGCUCAGAUGACUACCCGGGCAUUUGUCGGAUCUGAGCUGUGUCGCAACGCAGAAUGGCUCGAUAUUGCCAUAAGCUUUACAAUUAAUCGUGCUAUUGCCGUACAGGCAAUCCAGGCUUGGCCAUGGUUCCUGCAACCUGUUGUCCACUGGUUCUUACCCACCUGCAAGGCUGUUCGCCGCCAGAUUCAGCGCGCUCGGGACAUAUUGAUGCCAGUUCUAGAGCGCGAACGGCAGACUAAGCACAACAGAGACUCGUCCGUCGACCGGGUAUUCUCCACGUUAACCUUUAUUGAUGAUUAUGCCCAAGGAUCGCGUUAUGAUGCCACCAUGGCCCAGCUAAGACUGACUGCUGUGUCGGUCUUGACCACCUCAGAUAUGGUGGAGAAAGUACUGGCAAGAAUAUGCGAAUAUCCCGAGCUGAUCGAGCCACUUCGUGAGGAAGUAGUCUCGGCCUUUGAAAGUGGUGGCUUGCACCACAAGUCCCUACUAAAACUGACACUCAUGGAGAGUGUGAUGAAAGAAAGUCAACGGCUUGAACCUGCUACACUCAUAUCGAUGUUCCGCGUGGCUAAAAGCACAGUCACUUUGCAAGAUGGAACAACUAUCCCUAAGGGCACCAGUCUUGCCUUUGCAAAUGAUCUUCGCCUAGAUCCUCUGAUGUAUCCGAAUCCCGAAACUUUCGACGCUUACCGAUUCCAAAGAAUGAGGAAAGUGCCGGAGCAGGCUAAUCUUGCCCCAUUCACCAAGACAAGGACUAGCCAUUUGGCUUUCGGUCAUGGGAAGCAUGCUUGUCCAGGGCGAUUCCUUUCGUGCGAUGAAGCUAAAUUGAUCCUCUGCCAUAUUUUGCUAAAGUACGACUUCAAAGCAGUUGAUGGACGGGUUCCGAAUCUGAAUAUUCGUGGCAUGUUUAUCCAAAGGGAUGCGGGAGGGAUGCUCUCGGUGAGGAGGCGCCAGGAGGAAGUGAUACUGUAA